AAAAUAAAAAUAAUUAUUUUUGUUUUUUUAUAUAUAAAAAAUUAAUUUUAUAAAUAUAGUUUAUUCCUUCGAAGUCUCUCCUCCUUCAAAGUCUCCGAUUUGACCACCAUUUCCAAUCAGCAGCACCACCAUCAUCUCCCCCCACCACCCUCUCUUUCUCACCUGCUUCCUUCUUCUUUCCUACCCUUUUUCUCUCUCUUCCCCCAUUUUGUUCCCCUUAUUAUAUAAAUCAAUUUAAUCCCUCAUUUUCCCCCAAUUUUAAUUUUAGUGGGUAUUCAUUAAUUCCCCAAUUAAUCAAACAAAUCGAAUUUAAUCCCCCAAAAAAAUCGAAAUAAAAAGAUGGGUUCUUGUUUAUCAUCUUCAAAAGUAAAUGGAUCAAACAGCAAUACGACCUCGAAUACCACGACUACCGCCGGCACCGCCACAACCUCCGGCACCGCCACAUUGACGGUGAACAAUCACAAGAAAGAACCCACGAAAAUGGUGGCGAAAACGGCGGCGAAAAGCGAGCAAAAACAGAGCAAUACAGAGGGCCCACAAAAACAGAGGAAUACUGUUCCAAUGGUUAAACUUAGAGAUAGAACGAAUUCACGCCGUCAAAGUUCAAUUCCUUGUGGUAAACGAACAGAUUUUGGGUAUGAAAAAGAUUUUGAUUCCAAAUAUACAAUUGGGAAAUUAUUAGGGCAUGGACAAUUUGGGUAUACUUAUGUUGCUACUGAUAAAUCUAAUGCUGAUCGUGUUGCUGUUAAAAAGAUUGAUAAGAGUAAGAUGAUACUUCCAAUCGCUGUGGAGGAUGUUAAGCGCGAAGUUAAGAUAUUGAAGGCCCUUACAGGCCAUGAGAAUGUAGUUCAGUUCCAUAACGCAUUUGAGGAUGAAAACUAUGUGUACAUAGUGAUGGAGUUAUGUGAAGGUGGAGAGUUGUUGGAUCGAAUACUAUCCAAAAAGGAUAGCCGAUAUUCAGAGAAAGACGCAGCAGUGGUGGUCCGUCAGAUGUUGAGAGUUGCUGCUCAGUGUCAUUUACAUGGUUUGGUUCACCGUGAUAUGAAGCCUGAGAAUUUUCUUUUCAAGUCAGCUAAAGAUGAUUCACCAUUAAAGGCGACAGAUUUUGGUCUAUCAGAUUUCAUCAAACCUGGGAGAAAGUUCACAGAUAUUGUUGGUAGUGCUUACUAUGUUGCUCCAGAAGUAUUGAAACGAAAAUCAGGCCCAGAGUCUGAUGUUUGGAGCAUUGGUGUCAUCACCUAUAUAUUGCUUUGUGGGAGACGACCAUUUUGGGAUAAAACUGAAGGUGGUGUAUUCAAAGAGGUUUUGCGGAACAAGCCUGAUUUCCGACGUAAACCAUGGCCUACUAUAAGCAAUGGUGCCAAGGACUUUGUGAAGAAAUUAUUGGUGAAGGAUCCUCGUACUCGACUUACUGCUGCCCAGGCACUCUCACACCCCUGGGUCAGAGAAGGUGGAAAUGCUUCUGAUAUUCCCAUAGACAUAUCAGUCCUACGUAACAUGCGGCAAUUUGUCAAGUACAGUCGAAUGAAGCAGUUUGCCUUGAGGGCAUUGGCAAGUACACUUAAUGAAGAUGAGCUGGCUGAUCUGCGAGAUCAGUUUGAUGCUAUUGACAUUGAUAAAAAUGGAACCAUCAGUCUUGAAGAAAUGAGGCAGGCCCUUGCUAAGGACCUUCCUUGGAAGUUAAAAGAUUCCCGUGUUACAGAGAUUGUUGAAGCGAUUGACAGCAACACAGAUGGCCUUGUGGAUUUCACAGAGUUCGUUGCAGCAACUCUACAUAUACAUCAAUUGCACGAGCUUGACAAUGAUAAAUGGCAAGAACUUUCACAGGCAGCCUUUGAAAAGUUUGAUGUGGAUAAAGAUGGAUUUAUAACCCCUGAAGAACUCAGAAUGCAAACUGGAUUGAAGGGGUCAGUGGAUCCACUUUUAGAGGAGGCUGACAUUGAUAAAGACGGGAAAAUAAGCCUGGCAGAAUUCCGAAGGCUUCUGAGAUCAGCAAGCAUCAGUUCACGGAAUGUUGCCAGCCCAACCUGCCGAAAGAAUUCAAGGAAGCUUUGAAAAAAUACAGCUCUGAAGCUUGCAUAGUGCAUGCUUGUCGAUUAUGAGCUUGGCAUCUCCUUGUUCACAUCAGAAGGGGGAGUAGAGGGAACUAGCAGGAUGAAGUUGCAGAAACUUCAAAUUACACUGAUUGUGUGAACUUGUUCGGGGAAGUGGGGAUUAAGGAGGAAGAGAAAAGGAAAGUGUGGAAAGGAUUAUGGUGAGGCUGUUAGGGGGUGUUUGAUAUUGAUCAUGGCGAUCGAUUCAAAGGGUGGUUUCACAAGGGAAAGACCAGAUUUGGUGUGUAUCCUCUUUAUUCUGGUUGAAUCCAGAGUCUUUGUUUUUGAGUUUAAUCCUAGGAAGGGAUUGAACGAAAUCUGUUGGAUAUGCUAAUUUGGGGAUGUAAACUUUACCUUGUAUAUAUCUCAUCAACAGUUAUAUAUAGAGAAAAAAGUGAAGGCGUGAAUUUUUUUUUUUUCUUUUUAACAAUUUUGUGGAUAAAUCUAAAACAAAUUUUGCUUCGAA